AACAUCAAAAUCUUGUAAAAAUCAAAGCUUUUGUCUGGUGGGUGCAUCAAAUUUAGCUCCUAAAGAUUGCAACAUGGACUCAGGGGUUCAAAUUCGACAUCAGAGAGUUGUGAUCCAGAACAGUUAUAAAGAAAAACUUGUUGGCAUAUUGCAUGAAACAGGCUCAAUGGAGGUUGUCAUCGUGUGUCAUGGAUUUAGAUCCUGCAAGGACAGGAUUCCUAUGGUGAAUCUUGCUACUGCUUUUGCAAAUGAAGGAAUUACUGCCUUCCGCUUUGACUUUGCUGGCAAUGGAGAUAGCGAAGGUUCGUUUCAAUAUGGGAAUUAUUAUAGAGAAGUUGAUGAUCUGCAGGCUGUGAUGCAAUUUUUUGAACAUGAGAAACGCUCUGUGGCUGCGAUUAUUGGACAUAGUAAAGGUGGAAAUGUGGUACUUUUUUAUGCUUCGAGGUUUCACAAUGUUCAUAACGUGGUCAACAUUUCUGGCCGGUUUGAUUUGAAAAGAGGUAUUGAGGGUCGCCUGGGUAAAGAUUACUUGCAGAGAAUUAAAGAACAUGGAUUCAUUGAUGUUGCCACUAAAAAGGGGAACAUAGAGUAUCGUGUGACUGAAGAAAGUUUGAUGGAUCGUUUAACAACCAAUACAAGUGCAGCGUGCCAACUGAUUCCCCAAAACUGCAGAUAAGAUUGUGCCAGUGGAAGAUGCCAAGGAGUUUGCAAACCAUAUAAUAAACCACGACUUGCAUAUCAUUAAUGGAGCUGAUCAUGAA